AAUUUCAGCAGUGUCUCUGAGCCUGUCUCUAGUGUUUUGGCUACAUGCCUCAGAGACUGGGUUUUCCCUGCCCAGGAUGUGCCCCUAUCAGCCUCCCACCAUGUCCCAGGACACCCCUGGCACCUGCCAGCAGGAGCAGAGGCAUGUCCCAGGCAAUGCAGCCACAGCACUUAUCUCUGGGAAUGUGCCAGAGCCUCCCUGACCUCAUCCCUGCAGUGCAGCUCCCUGUGGUCUCAUUGCUCUUGUGAGAAGUGCUGGGCCAGGAUCUCCCACAUCCCACAGCCUGCCCAUGGGAUGUGCAUACAGGACAGAGUCCCUGGGCAAUUCCUGGUGGUGAUCCUUCAAGAGCCAACAAGCCAGCUGGACUGGCUGUUAGGAUUCUCCUGACCAUGCAGUGGUGUGGGAGAGACACCCCAUGCACUGUGAGGCAGAGCUUGAUCAGCCAUCCUUAAGGAACGCUGUGCCAGCCUAGCCUGUAUCUAAGGCAUCAUACUGCUGUCUGCAGCCAUGGGAAAUAAAUAGCUGGAGGAACCUUCAGCCCUAGAAAUCUUCUUCCAUCCCUUCCUGGAGUCCAGCCCCUUGUCCCCUCCUUGCUGUUAGCAGGGAGAAGCUGCUCUACAGCAAAGCCACAGCCAGCAGGUGCCCACAGGUGGGCAUCUGGCAUGGGCACAGUGACAGAAGGGGCUUUGGGCAUUGUCACGCUUGCCCAGGUGGCCUGGGGACAGGGCACUGGCUGUCACCUCCCAGAGGGUGUUACUUUGCUGAUGCACUCUGCUCCGUGACUUCUCCCUGCCAUUCUAAGCAGAGGAAACCACCACUGACAGACAGUUUCCUCCCAGCCACCUUCUAUUUAGCGGAGCGGCUGUUGCCAUCGCCCAUGAGAACCCACCACCGCCCCUCUGGGAGAGGAUCCAAGCAGAGUGGAUUCCCAUGGGGCUGCCACAGUGCCUGGCAGCUGCCUUCCUCUUCAUCCUCCUCCUUCUCCUGGGUGUGAGCACUGGCCAGCGGGUGGUGACUGUCCAGCAGGGACCCCUCUACCGCACGGAGGGGUCCCACGUCACCCUGUGGUGCAAGGUGAGCGGCUACCAGGGCCCGGCGGAGCAGAACUUCCAGUGGUCCAUCUACCUGCCCUCGGCCCCCGAGCGGGAGGUGCAGAUCGUCAGCACCGUGGACCCCUCCUUCCCCUACGCCAUCUACACCCAGCGUGUGCGCAGCCGGGGCAUCUUCGUGGAGCGGCUGCAGGGGGACGCCGUCCUGCUGCACAUCACCGAGCUGCAGGACCGCGACGCCGGCCAGUACGAGUGCCACACGCCCAACACCGACGAGAGGUACUUCGGCAGCUACAGCGCCAAGACCAACCUCUCAGUGAUUCCAGACACACUCUCGGCUUCCAUGGCCCCCCAGGCCCUCACUCGCAUGGAAGGGGAUGCGGUGGAGCUGACCUGUGAGGUGUCCAAGUCCACGGCCCAGCACACACAUCUCUCAGUUGGCUGGCACCUUCUUCAGGGAGCAGCAGGAGAGCACCCUGCCAAGGAGAUCCUCACCCUCUCCAAGGACUUCAUCCUGAAGCCAGGGCCCUCCUAUGAGCAGAGGUUUCUGGAGGGGGAUGUGCAGCUGAACAAGGUUGGGAACAGCACCUACAAGCUUGUCAUCAGGAGGGUGAAGCCAUCUGACCAGGGACAGCUGUACUGUGAGGCAGCCGAGUGGAUUGAGGAUCCUGACGAGACGUGGAAGGACAUCUCCUGCAAGCAAACAGAGAAGACUUCGCUGGCAGUUGUGAGCCAGGACAGAGACCUCUCCGUGGACAUCGCCGCAGCUGAGCGCUCCCUUUCUGAAGGGGACACCCUGCAGCUCACUUGUGUGGUGGGAGCCCCAAAGAACAGCAGCAGGCACUUUAGAGUGAUUUGGCUCCUCAAUGAGAUGGAAGUGGCCAAGGUUGACCCCCAUGGGGUAUUGAUUUGGGAGGAAGGAUACCAGGAGAGAGCCAAGCUGGGGCAGCUCCGAGCAUUCAAGCCAAGCAACGCCGUUUAUGUGCUCAGCAUCUCUGAGGUGGGGCUGGAGGACAAGGGCACAUACCAGUGCUCUGUGUCGGAAAUGAAGGCUCCUGGAGACUUGCACAGCAUCCAGACCAAUGUGUCAUCAGGCAUACAAGUCAACGUGAAGCCAGUAGGUCUGGGUCUGCACGCCACGCUGAGCAGCCGAAUUGCCACCAUCACUUAUGGGCAGAGUUUUGAGCUCUUCUGCCAGGUGAACGCCAGCUACACCCUAGAGGAGGUGCCAGCGUCUGUGAGGUGGCUUUUCCUGCCCAGCCAGCCCACGGGUCCCUUUCAGGAGCUGGUCAGGGCCUUUCCCAGUGGCACUGUGGUCUGGGGGACAGCACAGCCACAGCUCCAGGGGAAAGCCCAGCUGGUGAAGACUGACACCUCCUUCAGGCUGCACAUCCACAGCGCCUUGCCUGCCAACGAGGGGACAUACCAGUGUGAGGUGGAGGUCUGGAGGAGGAACAUCCUGCCCCUGGGGCAGCCAGCAGCCAGCACCAGCUCCAAUGCCGUGGGAAUAAAAGUGGUGCUGCCAGAAAGCAAGCUUCAGGUUGCUACGCAAGACAGCUCUGUGGAAAUUGCCAGUGGUAACGCAGCCAUUGAGUGCAGGGUUGUGUUUGCCCCGAAAAAUUCACAGUUUGCUGUUACCUGGUACCUCCUGCCUCCUCUGGCGGAUGCGACGCCCCUGCAAAUCGUCAGGGCCAGCUACAGCAGCAUUCUGGAAUACGGGUCUGAAUUCAGCUCUCCUGCACAAAAGUCCCGGUUCCUGAGCCAGAGGGUGUCCAGCAACAUAUUCCAGCUGCAGAUUCUGUCUGCAAACCUCGGGGACCAGGGCAGGUACUACUGUGUGGUAGAGGAGUGGCUCUGGCUGGUGGAUGGCUGGUACAAGCUCGGAGAGGGAGCAUCAGGAAGGACCACGCUGAGGUUCAAACUCCCAGAGCGUGAGCUGCAGAUGGAGAGAACCAACCGCAGCAUCUCCGCGAGGGAGGGCGAGGAGGUGACGCUGCCCUGCCGGCUGCAGGGUGCCCUCCUGCCCGGCACACACCUCUCAGCCACCUGGUUGCAGGUGGGGAGCAGUGGCCAUGACAGCUGCCUGCUGACCCUGCACCACGAUGGCACCGUGGAGUACCCGCAGGAGCGCCUGGCAGGGCGGCUGUACCUCCGCCGCCCCUCGCCUGGCGACUUCAGCCUGACGCUGCUCAGCGUGGAGAGGGGAGAUGCUGGGGCCUAUUACUGCCAGCUGCAGGAAUGGCAGCAGCAGAGCGAGGGGAAGGACUGGGCUCUGCGAGCCUUGGCACGCUCUGGGUACACCCAGCUCGCCACCAUCCCGCCAGAGUCAACUGUUUUGUCUAGGAUCUGCUCAUCUCCACCACUGCUGAACUUCAUCUUAUACUUACCAUUGGUUCCGAUCCUUCUCCUGGCCCUUGCUGUCUUCUGCUGGUACUACAAAUCCAGGAAAAACAAGAGGGGCAACAUCACAGGAUGGAUGAUGGAACUGGAAGGGAAAGAAGAGGUCAAGAAAACUUAGCUGGUCUGUAGAGGCAGAUGUAACUUGGAGAGCAGAGCUGGACAGCUGAGGAGGACUGAGCACUUGCAGAGGGGUUUUUUAUGGUUUUGUAGUAGCUCUUGCAAUAAAUCCUUGAGAUUGUGUGUUUGCUUUUGAUGGAA